UUUAGAAGUAGUCGAUUUUUUAAUGUAAGAAUAUUAAGGUCUCGUAAAACCUUAAAAAAAAUAUAAAUAGGAAAAUAUAUUUUGUCUAACAAUUUUUAUUCAAAGAUGUUCAGAAAUUCCUACCAAGAAGGAUUUCUAACAAUAUUCUACAGUAUUGGAAGUAAACCAUUAGCAAUAUGGCGUCAAGAAAUCAAAAAUGGUCACAUGAAGAGAAUAGUUGACGAAGAUAUCAAGUCAAUGGCUUUGGAAAUAAUGGGAACAAAUGUAUCAACAACAUUUGUAGCAGCUCCAAGAGAUCCAAAAAUGUCCUUAGCAAUCAAACUUCCAUUUCUUGUUUUGCUUUUAAAAAAUAUGAGAAAACUGUUCACAUUUGAAGUUCAAAUUUUGGAUGAUCAAAAAUUCUUACGACGAUUUCGCAUAUCCAACUAUGAAAGCAAAACUCGAGUGAAGACAUUCUGCAUGUCAAUGCCUAUGGGUUUAUCACCGGGAUGGAAUCAAAUUCAUUUGAAUUUAGCUGAUUUUACUAGACGAGCUUAUGGCACUAAUUAUAUUGAAACAGUUCGCGUUCAAAUUCAUGCUAAUAUUCGGAUUCGUCGAAUUUAUUUUACUGAUAAAUUGUAUGCUGAAGAAGAUCUUCCGAAUGAGUACAAAAUUAUGAUGUUUAAAGAUAAGAAGGUUGAUCCGAAAAAGGCUCCACCACCAAAAGCUAGGCCACCAUCGCCAGAAACAAGUUCUAAUCCUGUACCAGUAAAUAAUACCGUUUUUGUUGAGGCAAGCAAUUAAUAAAUCGCAGAAAACAGUCAAAAUUUA